UAUAUUCUCGGACAGAGGGAGUAUACUCCUUGUUUUUCAUCGUGCCGCAACAGCCAAGUUUCUCCGCGAACCCCAUUUCCACUGUCCCAGACGCUCUGACCCUUUUCUGUUCGUAGAUCGGCGCCCUUGGACUGCUUCUUUGGAGGAGAGCCUCCGCGAGAUCAACAACGUCGUCGGCCGGCUUCCGAGCUAGCGGCGCCACCUUGCUGUUGUCCCCAUAGAGAGCUCUCUCCCGAAUGCCUUCCAAAGUCGACUUUUUUGCGCUGCUCGCUGGUGUUGCAGCACCGACACGUGGAACAAUCGAGCGGAUGACGCAGGUAGGCCCGUCGGGGAUGGCGUCGUCGUUGUAUUGGCAAUCCGUUCCCCAGCUCCAGCAAGCCUCCGGCCCCGCAGAAGCAGCAGAUGCAGGGAAACACCACCGUUUGGAGGUAGCGGCACCACGGCGACGAGACCUUGGUCGCGACGCACGAGGAACAUCGCUGUUGCUUGACACGGCAGAGGCGCGCUCUGCGGAUUUCGAGCACGGUUAUUUUCCUCUAGACGAGUCCAAGGCAGAUUUGCGUGGACGGCGGCUCGAGGCGAACCGACCUCAGGCAGACGGCAGUGCUGAUGCUGACGACGCUGAGGGGAUUUUUUCUCCGGCGGUGAUGGCGGCUGAGGGGUGGGGCGUGGUCGACCUCCGUGGCCAGUGCAGUGACGGGGAUAGUUUUACGGUUACGUCGCCGUCGAUCCCCAGCACAGAGGGCUGCUACACCUCGGUCCCCGGCACAUCUUUCGGGGAGGGGUUCAUGUACUCCACCGAGGACUCGACCGUGACUACAACCAUCUAUCCCAAGAUCAUCACGAAGGACGGGACGAGCAACUUUUUCUGGGCUGUGUCAGAGCUAGCGGUUUUUUCGGGGGAUAGUGUCACAAUUGACUGUCUUUCGGUCGAGACGACGUCAACCUAUAUCCACCCUGCGGCCGCGAGUUGGCAAUGCGACGUUGAUGGCAGCGGUGAACUGUUGCCGGUGGAAGACGACGAGUUCUUCCUCGUAUGCGGCUGCGGGACCAGCGCCACUAGCGGCAGCAGCAGCGACGGCGCCGAUCCCGUACAGACCCCCACGGCCUCGCCUGUGAGUAACCCGUCAUCCGUCGAUGGUGAUGGUGAUGAUAGUCAAGACUUUUCCGUCGCCCCGACCGGCUCUCCUACAAGCAUGGCUGCGGUAGUCGCGCCAACCCCGGCUGGUAGCAGCCCACCCGACACGAACACGGAGGUCAGUGGAGGGAAUUCGAGGGGCGCCGGUAGUUAUGCUAUGCAGAUGUUGACGGCUACAGCUGCUGGUGUCGUAAGCCUCGCUACUUGUGUUUGCGUGGCGAUUGUUUCCGGGUACGGCAUCUCGCUGUUUUGACAUGGGCUGCACCGUCUGUUGUGAAAGGUAAGAUGUUAUUUGGUUGCUGUUAAUUUAUUUGGCAGCUGCUUGUUCCUUAAGGUUAUCAGGACCAAGCUGUCGCGCUCGGUGGAACGAACGCAUAGAUUGGUGGGCUCCGUCUGCCUCACGGUGUUGUGUGUAUUCCUACUGAGAUUUUGUGGCGUGCUUCUUGUAAGUUGCCUUGUUUGUUGGUAUUUGAUGCCAUCGUUCGAAUUGCUAAGGAGAUAUCGUAUCCAAAAUCUUAGCCUGAUCAAUAUUGGCUUUGAAGCCGUGCAGCAUUCCGAUGAACAGAGGACAUGAUCGAGGUGUGUUGCGAUCACAGCUGUUGCUUGCGAAAAGUUUUGAAUGUGGUACUUCGAUCGACAAGAUGGGCAUUACAGUACGCGCCGCCUGUGGUGAACUCGAUAAGUUGAACACUUAAUUGUCGAAUGUAAUAACAUUUUGAGAAGGUUGGCCAUUACAACAGGUGCUCCUUUUCGACGGAAAAUGAGGGCAAGAGCGCACCCAGUUGGAGUAAGUACUGCGGAUGCAAGUAGGAAAGCGGCAUAUGUAUAGAUGAGAACCAGGCAGCUGGGGGCUGGAGGCGUAAGCCCCAGAGUUUCUGGACGGGGGGGGGUGACAACCAAUCCUUUCGCUGGGAAGUACGUUCGGGGCCAUCGAGCGAAAUCGUCGUGAUUGUAGCCGCUCUUCAGGCGUUUAACAAGUUGGAGUGACUAGAUUCAGAGUUCGAAAGCAAUGAGAGUGCGGAGCAGGAGACAGGCAGAGAGGACGAUAGUGACAAUGCGGGUGGGGACGAGGAACGACAACGCAUUUAGAGGAUUUGGAACCAGGGUUCCAGGGAUGACCUUAUGCUGGUUGGCUACGUUACGUUUCGGGCAGGUUGGAGAUGUCGGUUCUUUGCUUGCCGGGUUUUGGCGUGAGUUUUGUACCAUGUUUUAGCAGAAUUAGAUUUAGUAGGUGAUGGUGUUGGUGGUGGUGUUACCCUUGUUGUUCACAGUGGCCGUGUUCCAAGGUGGUACAGCUUGUUGGUGUUGUAUUUUGGUUGACCACGUGCUACUCUUUGCGAUGUCGGUGUACAUUGUGAAGUGAAACCCGUAGCUACCUAGAACGGCAUGGUUUGUUUUCCCAUCAUUCCACGCCGAUAGAUGCCCCCGGUAGUUGGCGAUGAUAAUGGCAUGUGCCCGAAUGACGUACUACAACGCCUGAAGGGUCCGGCACGACAUUCGUCGUCAAGCGUCCGAUUUUCUUGACAACUGCGCAGGGAUUCCUCCCAAGGCUCGCGAUGGGCGGGCACUUGCACGAUGACCGUGUGCAGCUCGGAGAAACCAGAGCAUCCACUCCAUGCGGCUGCCGAUAGAGGGGUGUCUAGGCCAGUGGAUUUUUCUCGAGAGACGGGUGGAGUAAUAAUCGAAAGAUUUUCAGGUAGCAUUGCAGUAGAAGUCGCGAAUCAUUUUGUAGAGAGCGCGCAUCUCUUGUGACUGUCCUGGUGUAGAAAGUUGUGCCGAACGGGAGUGAUGGGCUUGGGCUCUAUGAGUCUACAAAAAGUAGUUACGUUUGUAGGUCUUGUUUUGCCCGAUAUGUCACUGUAGUGACAUCUGACCAGACUAACGGCUGGCUGGGUUUUCGUUUUUCCCCUUCGGUUCUGUUUUUGCGCUCGGCUUUGCUUGUGGUGUAUGUGAUGAUCUUUGUGGGCCGUUGUUCUUUUUUGUGUGGUUUUUCCUGAGUGUUAUGUACCUCUUGAGGGUAGUUGACCUGUCGACCUGUGUCCAAGACAGGUGUCGGCGUUAGUUGGAUCGGUACGAAUGUACGAAAAAAGUGGAGACCGGCACGGCUUUCCCUCGAAACAACAGCAACAAGUACCAAUACUAACACCAACACC